UGUUUUUGAUAUCAGUCGAAUGAAAAGUGCCUAUUUUUGAUAUAAAGAGCACCGAAUUCUGCGUACAUUGAUGACAUUAACACAACACAUCGAUUGCUAUUCACACUUCCCGAAGCAAAAAAUAUGUGUAACAAAUACUUUCAUCUCCAUUUCGUCGAUGUUAGUUUCACAUCAAUUCUUUAAAUUCAGAUCAUCGAACAGGAAGUCAACUCAUUCCUAAUAUACGCUUCAUUUCAUGAAAUAAACAAAUGUUCAACGGAACGAACAUAUUAUUUGUUUAUUUUUCCAGUCCAGCGUUGUGCUGCAUGCGUACAUUCUAUAUUUAGGACGAACACGAUGCCGCCGGUUCGUUGCAAACACAUACAAUAAACCGUUUCACGAAAAAAAAAUUCCAUGCGAAACACCAAAACACAGAUGUGAUUCAGUUGACCACAGUAUGAAUUCAAUGUGUUGUUUUGGCAAGGAACAAUGGCAGUUCACAGUUUUAACGCUGCUACUGUGUCGAUUGCACGAAAAAUGGAUUUAGCCACUGUGGUUUCUGUUUCCGUAUUCAUUUUUAAUGAAAGAUCAGCAAAACUAGUGAUAAUCGUUUGUUCUUUUUCCACCGUAAGACAGUGAGUGUAUACAAUGGGACGAUUUUGUGUGCUAAAAAAGCAAAGACAUGUUUGCGGCGAAUUUUGUUCAUGUUACCGUUGUGAUACAAAACUAACUGGACAUUUGCAAAGUGGCACUGCUAACAUUUUGACACAACGAAAUUAGCGGAUCAUUUGACAGACUCGGUGACAUCGAUGAGUCGAUGUGAAUUUCAUCAUACGACCGCAACGAAACACAACGAAGCGAAUCGAAUUCAGUCAGACGAGUUGCAUUGCCUGCUGAUCCAAAAUGCCGAAGAGAAAGGGUACACCACUUCGCGGUAACCAGCGGAAAAAGAAGAAAAUAGUCAGCAAAACGGGUAUUGAAGGAGAAAUCGGCAUUCUAGCGAUAAAAAUGACAUUGAAGGCUAUCGUUCGACCACAAUAUUAUCAACAAGUGAAAGAUUGGUUCACCCAAAAGUCGAUUGAAUGCACCAAAAUCUGCGCGUUAGCUUCGCUGCUCUUCCUGUACAAAGUUAAGAGUGCCAACGAAAGUAAUAAUGCGGACUUCUUCAGUGGUGAUGGCAACAAGGAAAUUAAGGAUUGUUUUUAUGCAGUUUUACAAAAAAACAAAGAGAAGGAAGAAAUGGUUCCAGAUUUUCGUGAUUUCGUGGAGAAUAUGGAGGCCGAAAACCGAUUCAGUUGGCCGGGUAAUAGCUUCUUCGGAAACCAGAUGCAAUACCUCUACAAGCAAUACACCACGAAUUUGCGCAACAAUUUGGAGAUGCAUGCCGAAAGACGCCUGUACCAAUAUCUCAUAAUGCGUGCGUGGCAAUUUAACGCUGUUUCAACUGGCCCCACAUUACGCAACGAUGAUAUCAAGCGUGCCGUGCAAUGGACCAUCGAUCGGUAUGAUCCCAUCAAAACAACCGACCGACAUUGGGAAGUAAAGUGGGAGAAGCGCCAAUUGCUUCUCGAUAUGAUUGCGGAAAUUGGCGGGCCAGAAGAUAAUGAUGUCGCAAUAUACACAACAUCGGAAGGAACAUGGUUCAAAUCAAUCAACAUGUGGUUGACUAUGCAAAUGGAGGUGGACAAUUUCCACAUUUGGGCUGAGGAAAAUGGCAUUGAAAUUCCGAAGAUCAAAAAUCUCAAAGUCAUUCCGAUUCAUCAGUUCAUGCGACAGCACGUGAAAAUGGAGACGGACGUUCUCAUUCGAAUGAUGUCCGAAAUGCGAUUCAGAUUACAUGGUCUAAUAAUCAAGUACGAAAUUGUGGAGGACCCCAUGACGCAGUGUUGGGAUGAGAUUUUCGAUAUGCCAAAGAUACAUCGCCUGUUGAAAUCAAACAAACGUUUCCGGCCCUACAUUGCCUCGAAUGGUCAAGCGGUAUCCAUUAUGUACGAAGUACCGAAGAGUCACCUGGAUCGUUUAGUAGACGAUGAAAUCGUGCGGAAACGGUAUCGUGAUGGUGUGUACGUAUACGAGAUUGGGAUUGAUCCCGGCAUGCGUACCUGGAACGCGACAGUCAGACGGAAUAUCAAAACUGGCAAAGAGGUGAGUUGCAUUUUAGUUUCAAUUUGUGUUUGUGUUGUCUCAAAUCGUGUGAUUGAGUGCAUUAUUUCAUUUUUUAUCAUUUUCCCACAGAUCAACUUCACGGUCAGCUCGAAGAGGUACCAUUAUCUGGCCAGGCAGGGUGUUCGGGAUAGGAAGGCAAAGCGAUGGACAAGGCGAUUUGUGGCCGAAGAACAGCAUGACCGUGAACGCUAUCAACGGAUGCCAUCGCCAAAAGGUGAAAAUUGGGGGUCUUACAUCGCACAUCGUUUGACAAUGCUGAAGAAAGGAAUUGAGACGUAUACAACAGAAAAAUACGCCCGUCUGCAAUUUGACAAAUACAUCCAAUCAAACCGUGCAACCGAUAAGAUUGCUAAUUUACUGACAAAUCGCAAACCAUCCAUCAUUCACAUGGGAGCCGUUGAUAUGCCGGCGAAUUCUCCGAUCCGAAUCAAGAAACAUGUUCGUUGUCCAGGCAACCGUAAGUUGGCAAAGAGCUUCAGAAAGAUUCCGAACACCGUCGUGCGACAAGUCAACGAGAACAGAACAUCACAGCUUUGCGGUAGAUGUUUCACCCCGUUCGACAUAGCAACACAACGUGAUCGAAUGAAAGUAUGCGAAUGGUGCCUGCCAGAUAACGAUGAUUGGCCACCAAAUUUGCAGUUACCAACGAAAAUCGUGUCGAAGAAGAGCAAGCGCACGCUGAUAGCGGAUCGACAACGAAUGCGUGAAGCAGUGGAACAGGAUCCAAAUCAAGCUGAACGUUUUGUGUCUAAGGUGAUUUCAUACCAGAAAAACUGGCAACAAAGCGCAGCAAUCGAUGAGGACGCGGACCCUGCCGAGCAAGAGGAUGCAGCAGAGUCACAUGAUCGUCGCAUUUUGAAGACUUGUUGGCAUCGAGACAUCACUGCUGCGAAGCUGAUCUUAUACAAAGGCCACUGUCACCUCUUCGGAAUUCAGCUGCACUUCAUGUUCACAAUUGAACGAAUCAGAUAGAAUAAGAAAUAAGAAAUGUCAAUUAGAAUAGAAUUUUUUCAAACAACAUUUUUGUAAUAGCGUAUUA